AUGCGUGAUAUACCAAAACCAAGUACCUCUACCAAGAGACGGCAUCAUGCCUCGAUGGCAUGUGUGGCGUGUCGGGAGAGCAAAGUCAAGUGCGAUGGCGGUGAUCCAAAAUGCUCUAGCUGUACCAACAAGCACCGCGAAUGCCGCUAUCAGGCCGUGGAUAAGAGAAAACUACCACUGAGAGUUGCGAUUGAGCUACUAUCGAGCAGAGUAGACCAGCUCUGUCUUUUCAUUCGCGCCAACGGAUUGGUAGCCCCGCCCAUGUCGCAAGAAAAAGACACAGCGUUGAUGAAAGUUCUUGAUGUCUUGGGACUGACUGAAGUUCACUCCAAUUCCAUGCCAACACAAGAGCAAAAGGCAUCAAAUUCACAGUUUGACAUUGCGAAUAUACUCAACAACUCUCAGGAUAAUGUUCCGCCCGCGCCAUCUGCUGAUGCUGCCGUUGCAGGCGAACCAAAUGGCGCAUGGGCCCAGACCUCUCCGGACAGCAUAUCGCAAACAUCUCAGACUAAUCUCAUACAAGUCCCCAGUCCUCAUGCCGUCUCCACAUUACCAAUAUUUCCGGAAGUCGAAGAUCUGGACGUCUCGGUCGCAGGUUCUUAUCCACCGACAAAUGAUCAGCCGGAUAAUCCUUUAGGCAAUCUGGGCAAUUGGGACUGGACCAUGGACUUCGGGGCUUCUUUAACCCCACCUUCACCAGAGAUAGAAAAUCUUAGCGCGGAGGCUCUACAAAUACCAUCAAAGCCAGUGGAAAUCAUGCCCGAGCCCUACAAACCACCUCAUGCUCAAGAUACAGCUACUCUCGACAAGGAUGCUAAGAGUCCGGAAGAAAUUGAGGAUCUUAUUGACGAACUCUCUGAUCGAGUCGGCACUCUUCGUUUUGGCCCUGAAGGCCAAUCUUACUUUUAUGGUCCGACGUCAACAUUCAACCUGGCAGACGAUGAUACUCCGGUAUCUGACUCACAACCAAAUCGCAUCUCUAUCUACAAUGGCGCAGACUUUGACACGGCAGUCCCAACAGCUCUGCAAGAUCACCUACUCAACUUAUAUUUUACUUGGCAAGAUCCAUCUUUCCACGUUGUCGAUCGAGAGAUGUUUGAGAAAGGAAAGUCAGCAGACUUGAGAAAAGAGAAAACCCCCUACUAUUCGGAUGCUCUCCUCUAUGCAAUGUGCUCUCUCGGCGCUGCAUUCGAAACCCGCUAUCACCCCUCAUUCGUUACAUUCCCCAAAUCCUUGGGUGAGUUUUUGGGAGAUCGAGCCAAGAUUCUUCUUGAAAUGGAGUUAGACUAUCCCUCCGUCUCAACAGUCCAGGCUUUGAUCAUUCUGAGCAGUUAUGAAAUUGGGAUUGGGUCUGACACUCGUGGAUGGCUCUACAGCGGAAUGGCAUUGCGACUUGCUUUUGACCUCGCUUUACAUAUUGAUCUUUCUUCUUAUGUUGCUCGGGGCUCUGUGACAGCCGCUGACGCCAAAUUACGCCGAACCGUAUUUUGGGCUGCAUAUAUGGUUGACCACCUUGUUGGUUUCUAUCUUGGUCGGCCAUUUUAUACUAACAUGGAAGAUGUGACCGUCAAAAAGCCUGAUGAUAAGAUACAGCACCAACAGUCUCACAACUGGACCCCAUACGGAUCUCCCAUUCCCUUCGCCGAUAGCUUGGAGACCGGAGAUUGCAUAGAACUCGUCAGUCGACAAGAAGUUCUACUAUGUGAACUGAUGGCUCCUUGCGGUUAUUUCCUCUAUGGAACAGCAGGUAUUCCAAGAUCAAAACUUCAACCUCUGAAUGAGAAGAUUGUUGCAGAAUUACUCGACUGGAAAGCCCGGCUGCCCUCAUUGAUUCAAAUCGACCUCACCGAUCACACCACCCCAUACCUUCCUCAUGUUUUGUUACUGCACAUGCAAUAUUAUCAGAAUCUCAUCUACAGCCACCGACCCUGGAUGUCAAAAGGAUAUCUCCAACCUCAGCCACCAAAAGGGCCCGGCUAUACACACGCACGAGAGAUGUGCAUCAGUUCCGCCAUCUCUAUCGCAAAAAUUCUUGUACUAUACGAGACCAGGUAUACACUUCGCCGCAUCAACGUGAAAGCAGUCUCCAUCACUUCUUCCGCUGUCCUCCUCCUCCUCUUCGCCGCGGUGUCCCAAUACCAAACUUCAGAUAACGAUAACAUUACCGCCCAUCUCAGCACAUGCUUCAGGGCCUUGGAUGAAUUCUCUCUAUCUUGGCAAAGUGCCAAUCGCGCCAAAGAUCUUUUGGUACGACUGCAGCACAGGUGGGAGAUCCGCACGCGGAUCAAUAAGCCUGAUCGGGGCCCCGAUGGCACCGGGUACCCCCCAAAGAAGCGAUUUCACAAGUUGAAUGGAUCACAAGCCAACCAAGGUGGUGAAGUUAUUUCUGGGGCCCGUCUUGCUCCAAGGGAUUUGCAGUUAGAAUCUGGGUUGGGCUGGAUGCUCAGAUUAAGUGGACAAUUGCCUUCCGAUGGCGAUGAGGAUCUCUAUUCUUUUGUUGCAAAUACUGAGCUACCCGAAGCUGGUUACGAGGGGGUGUGA